UUAUGAUUUACCGAAGUGUCGGAAAUUUUUUGUUCUUUUUAAAGCGGAAAAAACCUGUAUCGAACAGUUUUAAAUACGCUUCACAUAUUGUUAAGGGCAUGUUGUGGAUCAAAUCGUUGUCGAAAUUUAAUUGUUACGAGGUUCUGAAAUGCUGCACGCAAAUUUUGAUUCAAUGAGCGACCGUGAAGCAAGGGACUAAGCGCAAUUCAUGUUUUGUAGUUUAUUAGCAUAGUAUGUAAUUCCAUCUUGAAUAUCAUCGUAUGACAACAACCGGAUGAACUGCGCCGUUGGUCGUAUUUCACAAGGUGCCCAUUGCCUGUAUUCAUGUGCUUUCAAAUACACCAUGACCUUGUCAGGUUCCUUUGUCUUUCUCCCUGGUCAUAUGUAUAAAACAUAAAUCUGCAAGACGAACUGCUCAUUAGCAUAAUGGCAUAUGGAGGAAGGGGAAGAGGCGGCAGACGAGAUGGGAGAUGGAUUGAUAGCUCGCUCCUCCAUCAGUACCACGAUGAAUCGCAAGGCUUUCAUCAACCAGAUGAUGCACUUUCUGCUUGGAUCAAACAACUAAUCGAAAUGUGGCGUCGAUGGAAGAAGAGCGAUGCUGUAAGACAAAUGCUGCACAAUUGUUUUGCUGCUGCUGGUAACCCCUAUAUUACAGCUCUUCAGAUAAUGUUAAAUAGUGAAGAUUUCUACCAAGCUAAAACUAACUCUUUAGCAUAUACAGUAAUGGAAGAAUUUUCUGUAUGGUUGGAUAAUCAUAGGCAGUACCUGGACGCUUGUUUAACAAGAGAAUUGAAAUUUGAAGCAUUUUUAGCUGUGCAAAUGCAAAGAAAUCACAAGUUGGUUAAACUUGUAUAUGCUACAUAUGAAAUGGCCCAAGAUAGUGAAAUUUUUUAUGAUGAAAUCAUGAAAAUGGUUUCAAAACGACUGUACAAAGAGGCUUGCCAGAGUGCAACACUUCUGAAAUUGCAUGAUUAUUUUGCAAUAGAAGACUUCAUUAUUCCACUAGCACUUCAAGAUAAAAUGUCAAUUGCUGAAGAAUUUUUGUCAGGUUCUGUUCCACACCAGAAAAAAGUAGUAAUAUUCCUUGACAAACUCUUGGAAAAGAGAGCACUCAGAAAUGAAGUGGAUUCAAUAGCUGUUAAAUUAAAAGUACCAGAUGUUAAGUUGGAUAAGUUUCAUUACAAACCACUUAGCAAACUUGUGGGGAGAUUAGUCAAAAUGUACAAUCUUCCGGAAGAAAUUUGCCCAAAUCUCAAUCAGAGGAGAAAUGAAGGUGCACUGCAGUUCCUACUUCACAAAAGAUAUCAAGAUAAUAGUUUAGGUACUGAUAGCUGGCGAGAAAUGGUACGAGAAGCAGUACAAGAUGAUGUACGUUUACAAGAAGAGCUUAUUGUUUUAGUAAAUUUAGCAAACGAUCCAGAAGAAGCUCUGUACUGGACUAACUAUUAUAACAUCCCACAGAGUAAAUGGCCUGAAAAUGUAAGAAUAUAUUCACAGGAAAGGAAGUUAAGGCUUCAGCGUGAAAAAUCUGAAGAAACUGAAGAAAAUUGGGACAACAGUUUAAUUACGUAUCAUCAACUAGCUUUACCCUUUGACAGUAUUAUAUUUGUAGAUUCUGAUGAGAAGCUGCAACUUUUUAUUGAAUCUGUAAAGAAAAAUCAUAAUAUGCAUAGAAUUGGAAUUGACUGUGAAUGGAAACCCCGCUUUGGCACAAAGCAGCUCACAUUGGCCCUGAUGCAAAUAGCUACUUCCGAAAAUGUAUAUAUUUUGGAUGUAAUAAGGAUUGGAUUGCAUUACAAGGAAUUGUGGGAAGAGCUUGGACGAAUCCUUUUUUCAGAUGAAAGCAUCAUGAAAUUGGCAUUCUCGUAUGUGGGAGAUAUGGCUAUGAUCAAAAAUUCAUUGCCACAUUUGUACCCUUUCCUAGAAGAACAUUGUGAGUUAUUGGAUGUGUCACUUGUUUGGCAACAAUUGGUGAAGAAACACUCUAUUAUUUUCCCAUACAAUGGAAGUGAAAACACAAGUGGGGAGAGUUUGUCCCGGUUAGUGGAAUUGUGCAAAGGACAUCCUUUAGACAAAUCUGAUCAGUUUUCCAACUGGGAGCAGAGGCCGCUGCGUAGAGGACAACUAGUAUAUGCAGCAUUGGAUGCUUACUGCCUGUUGGAAGUUUUUGAUGUGAUGGAACAGUGUUGUGCAGAACAAGGUAUUCCAUUCUUGGAAAUAUGUAAUAGCAUAAUACAAAUGUUGAAGUCACCUAAGAAGGUUCCAAAAUCUACUAAGAAGACUCAAAAGGAAAUUGCUGAAUCACCACUUAUAAUGGGACCACCACCAUUUACAGAACCAGUUCCUGCACGUUCUUUGCGAAUCGUGUGUGAUAUGAUGGUUGCUGGAUUAGGACUACAGCUCCGUAUGUGUGGAAUAGAUACUGUAAUACUCAAAGCUGGUCAAAACUAUGAUCAGUGUGUCAGAAUUGCUAUGAAUGAAGAUCGUAUGGUGAUCACUAGAGGAAAAAACAUAUACAGACAAAUGAGCCAGCAUCUACCUAUGGGUCACUGUUAUCUUGUUUCUGAAGGAAAUUUAGAGAAACAGUUGAAAGAGGUGUUGGAGUACUUCAAUGUUACAGUUACAAAGAAAGAUGUUUUUAGCAGGUGUAAAAUUUGUAAUGGAGACACAUUUAUUAAAGUAACUAGGAAUACAAUGCAGCAAUUGGCUGAAAAUUAUCGCCGCCUUUCGUACACUGUACCUGAAGAAGCUGAAGCUGAAGAUGAAGAAGAAGUAGAAGUUGAAGAAGCGGGUUUUGACUCUGAAGGCUUUUCAAGUGAAGAUGACAUGUAUACUGAAUUGAUAAGACCACCAUGUUACACAGAAGCAAAAGUACAGAAUGUACAGGAUGGAAUUAUAAUGAGUGAGUGCAAGACACAAAAAGGUGCUGCUAUUCAGAUUGGUAUAAUACCUGAACCAAUUCUGCAGAGAGAAAAAGAAUAUCUUAUUUGUGAUGACUGUGGGAGGUGUUACUGGUGUGGUUCACAUUUCAGCAGAGCUCUGAACUCAACCUUGAAAGACAUUGUUAAAGAUGAUUAGAUUCCUUUUUAUAAAGAUUAAAGAGUGCAUAUUGUUUCUCAUACAUUUAAUACUUUGAUAUAUUUGCUAUUUCGAUUUUAUUUAUAACUUACCAAUAACGGUAUUUUUGGAAAACUUUGAAAAAAAUAUUUUUAUGUUUCUGCUGUUAUGUGCUGUAAUAAAUACAUACUAUGCAAAAGUACUCUUGCUAAA